CCCAGAAUGGUUAAGGAAAUUUAAAAAAAUGUUAGGUUGGUUGAUUGAUUUUGAUACAAAAUACAUCGUGAAUACACGUUGGUUGUGUUUAAUAAAAAAACCAAUUUGCAAAUAUUAAACCUGGAAAACUACACAAAUGAUGAAAUUAAUCGAUCAGGUUGUUCGCAGUUUUAAGGUUGCCAAGGUGUUUCGAGAAAACACAGACAAAAUAAAUAGCAUAGACUUCUCACCAAACGGCGAAACAUUAAUAUCGUGCAGUGAAGAUGACCAAAUUGUUAUUUACGACUGUGAAAAAGGUACACAAAUGAUAACGGUGAACAGCAAAAAAUACGGUGUUGAUCUAAUACAUUUUACUCACGCUAAAAACACCGCUAUACAUAGUUCCACCAAAGUUGAUGAUACAAUAAGAUAUUUGUCACUUCAUGAUAACAAGUACAUCAGAUACUUUCCUGGCCACACAAAAAAAGUUGUCACUCUAUGUCUGUCGCCCAUAGGAGAUACAUUUUUAUCAGGAUCAUUGGAUAAAACGCUGCGUUUAUGGGAUCUUCGUUCGCCAAAUUGUCAAGGACUGAUGCAUCUUUCAGGCCGUCCAGUUGCCGCUUAUGAUCCAGAAGGUUUAAUAUUUGCCGCUGGCGUUAAUUCUGAAAGUAUAAAGUUAUAUGACUUAAGAUCAUUUGACAAAGGUCCUUUUGUGACUUUUAAAUUAAAUCAAGAGAAAGAGUGUGACUGGACAGGUUUAAAGUUUUCACGUGAUGGUAAAACAAUGUUGAUAAGUACAAAUGGAUCAAUAAUAAGACUUGUAGAUGCCUAUCAUGGAACUCCAUUGCAGACUUUUACAGGACACUUGAACAACAAAGGCAUACCAAUAGAAGCAUCUUUCAGUCCUGACUCACAAUAUAUAUUUAGUGGCUCUACAGAUGGUAGAGUUCAUGUGUGGAAUGCUGAUACUGGUUAUAAAGUGUGUGUUUUAAAUGGAGAUCAUCCAGCACCAAUACAGUGCGUUCAGUUUAACCCAAAGUUUAUGAUGUUGGCCUCUGCAUGCACUAAUAUGGCAUUCUGGUUGCCAACAAUAGAUGAUGUAUAAAAGUUCCAAUGUCAUACCCACUAUAAACUUUAAUUUUUAAUGGUUUAAGAUUCAAUUUCAACGAGGCAAUGUCUGUGUUCCAAAUGCUUAGUGUUUUUAUGUUAAUCAAACCACAAGAUUUUCUAAUUAAUAGGAAAACUCAAUAGGAGGUAAAACUAAAUAUUUAUGUCAUUAUUGUCAGCAUGCUAUUGAAAAUUGAAAUAAUAUAACAUUGAAUUUUUUGUACAAUAAUUAAACAUUGCAACAUUUUCAUUGUUGUGGUAAAAAAUUUAGCCAAUACAAUUUGAUAUUUUUAUAAUAUCGAUAUUAUCAAUAAGAACAGAGGCAAAAAUCCCUUGGUUUAAGCAGUAGAACUAUGCUACUGAACCAUGGGCAACUAACAGAAUGAGGUAUAUACUGAGCCUGUUUUCUAAGAAAAUCCUGUAGGUAAUAAGGGGUCUCAUAUUACUUGUACAGCAGAAUUAUUGUGUCUUAAAUGUUUAAAUUCAGUAACUAUCAACAAUGUCUCAUGUCAAACCAUCAACUAUUGGUAAAAAAUAUUAUUUUUACAUUUUCUUAUCUAUUUAGUAUUGAUUAAACAUUCCUUAUUAAAGUUACAAAUAGAAUUACAAUACAAGAGUUACAAUUAGAAGUUUCUUACAAGCAGCACAAUAAGUUAGUAAGCGAGCUGUCUCUUAAAAUAGAGCUAUUACUUAUUGAAUAAAAAGAAAUAUACCUACCUAGAAACACCUAGAAAUCUCCUCAAUUAUAGAUGACAUUGGAUGACAAAAUGCUGUCUGCCAUUAAGAAAUAUAGAUUGUCUGUGUUACUUUUAUAAGAAUUCAUUCUGUUUAAGGUGAUCUCACAUAUGUCAACCCCAUAUACGCUACAUUUAGAAUUCCUUGUAUACAAUCAUAAACCCUCUCACAUUUUCAUCAGCACCAUAUGCUCCACGUUUCGUAAAGUCUACAUGGAAAUAUGGUGAGUAUGGGGCCAACAUAUAUGCAAUCACUAUAGGUACAGUCAGCUCCAUAAAAAUCGAAGUGUGAAGACUAAUCAAUAUUAUAGAAGAUAUAUAAAUUCAAUUUUAUAUGUGCUAAUAGAUAAUCUUAUUAUUGUUACGGGGCAGAGUUGUCAAUAUUAUCAAAACAACUUAAUUCAAAAUUAUGUUAUGUGUUAAGAUAAUCAAUUAUACACACAUCAAAAGUGUCUAGGGAUCAACAUAUAUUUUUGCAACAACUUUUCUCCUGAUUGAUAUUAAUUAAAAUUUUCUUUAAGGAUUCAUCAAAUAAA